UUUGUAUUUGUCGUAGCGGGGCGGCGCAGGCGCAAGACACUGCGCCAAUAAAUGGUUCCGCGGCUGGAAAUGCUGAGGACUGGUGUGGUGUGGCAUCGAUGGCUGAGGCCUCGCACUGCAAGAGUCCGAGCAGAGAACCUUGGUUGUCGAGAGGUUGCUUCCGGCGUCCCUCCCCUAGGCAGCAAGUCUCUUGGAGUCCUAAAUAUCUUCGAUCGGGGUUUGAAGAGGAAACAGAAAAACUGGGCGGCCCAGCAGCCCGAGCCAACGAGAUUUGACUACUUGAGGGAAGAGGUGAGACCGCGGGACAGCGGAGAGUGGCGCGGACCUUUAGGUCUGCAAGCUCAGGUUGGAAGUCAGAUUGCAGACCGUGUGUAUGACAUAGCAAGAGAUUUCCCCCUUGCUUUGGAUGUUGGCUGUGGAAGAGGUUACCUAGCACAAUAUUUGAAUAAGGAAACGGUUGGAAAGUUUUUCCAAACAGACAUUGCAGAAAAUGCUUUGAAAAAUUCCCUAGAAACAGAAAUUCCUACUGUCAGUGUUUUAGCUGAUGAAGAAUUCCUUCCCUUUCAAGAAAAUACAUUUGAUCUGGUGGUUAGCAGUUUAAGUUUGCACUGGGUUAAUGACCUUCCUAGAGCACUAGAACAGAUUCAUUAUGUUUUAAAACCAGAUGGAGUAUUUGUUGGUGCAAUGUUUGGAGGCGACACACUGUAUGAACUUCGGUGUUCAUUACAGUUAGCAGAAACGGAAAGAGAAGGAGGAUUUUCUCCACACAUUUCUCCUUUUACUGCUGUCAGUGACCUAGGACAUCUACUUGGGAGAGCUGGCUUUAAUACACUGACUGUGGACACUGAUGAAAUUCAGGUUAACUAUCCUGGAAUGUUUGAAUUGAUGGAAGAUUUACAAGGUAUGGGAGAGAGUAACUGUUCCUGGAAUAGAAAAGCCCUGCUGCACCGAGACACGAUGCUGGCGGCUGCAGCAGUUUACAGAGAAAUGUACAGAAAUUUGGAUGGUUCAGUACCUGCCACAUACCAGAUCUAUCACAUGAUAGGAUGGAAAUACCAUGAUUCUCAGGCAAGACCGGCUGAAAGAGGUUCUGCAACUGUGUCAUUUGGAGAGCUAGGGAAAUUAAAUCUUAUGUUGCAGGGGAAAAAAUCACAAUAAAUAUUUUAUUCAAUGUAACAUAGUCCACAAUUUUCAUGACACAAAUGGGUAGCUUUCAGCCAGAUGUGGUGGCAUGUGCACGCACACGCACACACACACACACUCACACAGACACACACACCUGUACAUAAUCCCAGCUAGCUGGGAGGCUGAAGCAGGAGGAUCACUAGUUUGGGGCCAAGUUCACCAGUUUUUUCUGUCACA